UCAUCUUAGAACGAAAUGCCGAUGAGAGAUCAGGAGGGCGGCCGCUCAGAUGCAAGACAUUUUAUCCAGUCUCGCGCCGAAUACAUGGAUCUCAAAGAAAUAAGUGCCGAACGCAAUACUAAGGAACAAAGCGCUCAUCAAAUGGUUGAUUACGCGCCUCUCCAUCCAUCAACACGCUCUUGGGAGGUGCUAAGGGAUCACGUGUCUGUAGAAAAAAUCAUUGGUAAAGGUGCUUUUGGUCAAGUUGCUAAGGGAACAGCUGAGCAACUUCGAGGGAGACCUGGGACAACUACAGUGGCUAUUAAAAUGCUCAAAAGUAACGCUGCAGAAUCUGACAAGAGAGAUUUGAUGGCAGAACUUGACACAAUGAAGCAGCUAAAACCACAUCCUCACGUCAUCAAACUUUUGGGAUGUGUUACGGAAUCUGAGCCACUGCUGGUGUUGAUAGAAUAUGUUCCUUUUGGAGACCUGCUGGGUUAUCUGAGAAAGAGCCGUGGAUUAAAUGACACUUACUAUAAAGACCCGGAUAUCAAACCACAAACAAACUUGAGAUCACAGCAGCUGAUGAAGUUCGCAUGGCAAAUCGCUGAUGGCAUGAGUUACUUGUCGUCGAAAUCUAUCAUCCACCGAGACCUCGCAGCUCGUAACGUGUUGGUCGGAGAAAGUGAAACUUGUAAAGUAACAGAUUUCGGAAUGGCUAGAAAUGUGCAAGAGGAAAAUAUCUACGAGAGAAAGACAAAGGGCCGCCUUCCAGUAAAGUGGACAGCUUAUGAGGCGCUGUUGUAUGGAAAAUAUACGACCAAAAGUGAUGUAUGGAGCUAUGGAGUUGUCCUUUAUGAGAUUUUUACAAUAGGUGGUUCACCGUAUCCGCGGAUGGAUGGCAGGAAGAUUGCCAACUUACUUCAGCGGGGAUACAGAAUGCCUCAGCCACCACAUGUGGAUGAUAAGUUGUACGACAUAAUGUUGAGAUGUUGGCAAGAUGACCCGGGUACAAGACCAACCUUCUUUGAUCUAAGAAACCAGCUCAAAGCCAUGGAAACAUUGCACAAGAGGCUAAUCAAUAUGAAAAUCUACGACAAGCAGUUGUACGCAAACGUUGAGGAUUUGGUGGAGUAG